AUGAAUCCGAAUGAGUUCUUAGGAUCGCAGACUGGUGCAGAUCCUCAAAAUUUCUUGGAUGAUAUCAAGAAGUUCUUUGAGGUGAUGCAAUCAACUGGGAAUAAUCGGGUUGAGUUUGCAUCAUACCAGCUAAAAGAUUUGGCUCAUAUCUGGUACACUCAGUGGAAGGAGAAUAAGGGUAUAGAUGCAGCUCCUAUGACUUGGGAUUGCUAUAGUGAGACCAUUCUAGAAAGGUUUUUCCCAAUAGAGCUGAGAGAAGCAAAGGCUCAGGAAUUUAUGAACUUAAGGCAAGCACCAGCAAGUCACCCGACACAGCAGAGUAACUCAUCUGGUACAUGUGGCGUUCAGUGCCAGAACAGGUUGUAUGCUCUUCAGGCUCUCCAGGAUAAGGAAAGUUCUCCUAAUAUAGUCACUGAUAUAGGGGAUAUUGUAUCCUUUGUAACUCCUUACAUAGUAGUCCAAUUGAGUGUUAGUCAAGAAACUCUCUCAGAACCUUUCUCAGUCUCUACUCCAGUUGGUGACCCUGUUAUAGCCAGACGGAUACCCAGCCUAUUUCUAUUCCUCCUUAUAAAAUCACUCCAGUUGAACUUAAAGAAUAGAAAAAGCAGUCACCUUUCAGAUAAGGGCUUCAUCAGACCUGGUAUUUCGCCAUGGGGUGCACCAGUAUUGUUUGUAAACAAGAAAGAUUAUUCUCUCAUGAUGUGGAUUGACUAUACGCAGUUGAAAAAGGUCACAAACAAGAAUAAGUAUCCCAUCCCCAGGAUUGAUGACUUAUUUGACUAA